UUGACAACCUUAAUGGCUGAUGAAUUAAAUCUAACUUAUAUAACUCUUGAUGGGCAUGUGGAGGUAGAAAAAUACAGAUAUCUUUACUUUGUGGUUAUGUUCACAGUAUAUAUUCUGAUAAUCUGCAGUAAUUCUACUAUUGUGUAUCUGAUCUGGAGUCACCAAAACCUCCAUGAGCCCAUGUACAUUUUUAUUGCAGCUUUGUUGGUCAACUCUGUUAUGUUCAGCACUGCUACCUACCCAAAGCUUCUGAUCGACUUUUUAUCUGAGAAACAGAUCAUAUCAUAUUCAGCCUGUCUCUUUCAGUUUCAUAUAUUUUACUCUUUAGGUGGUUCAGAGUUUUUACUGUUGGCAGCCAUGGCCUAUGACAGGUAUGUGUCUAUAUGUAAACCUCUGCAAUAUGCAACUAUCAUGAGGAAAACUACCGUCAGUAUUUUCCUGGUCUUAGCCUGGAUUCUGCCUGCCUUUCAGGUCGCGGUGCCAGCUGCGCUGAGUGCUAAAGUAAAACGCUGUACCUCUAUUUUACAUGGACUUUUUUGCAAUAACACAGUUUACAAACUUCAAUGUGUGAUCUCAGAGGCGCAUUUUAUACGAGAUUUGAUCAUCCUGUUAAAUGUUGCACUUCUCCCUGCACUCUUCAUACUUUUUACAUACACCAGGAUACUUGUAAUAUCCUAUCGUAGUAGUAGAGAAGUCAGGAGAAAAGCUGCUCAGACCUGUUUACCACACUUGAUCGUUUUGAUAAACUUGUCAUGUCUGUGUGCAUAUGAUGUCAUUAUAAUUGGAUUGGAGUCAGAUUUUCCAAAAAUUGUUCGUUUAAUAAUGACUUUACAAAUAAUAUUGUAUCAUCCUCUUUUUAAUCCAAUCAUAUAUGGACUUAAAAUGAAAGAAAUUUCGAAACAUCUCAAGAGGUUGGUCUGCCCUGCCAAAAUGAACUUAUGA